AUGAGCAUCGACGUCGCAACUUCCAUCGCCCGCAUCCUCAAGCAGGAGGGGGUUGAGUGGGUUUCCACCUUCCCCGUCUGCCGCGUGAACAACGCCCUGGGGCGCGAGGGCGUGCCCAUGAUCAUGAUGCGGGACGACCGCUACGCCGUGGCCCUGGCCGACGCCUACUCGCGCGUCACCGGCGGCGAGCGCAUCGGCGUCUGCACGGUGCAGGGCGGCGUCAACGGCGCGGGCCUGCAGUACUCCUUCCCCGGGCUGGCCCAGGCCUUCGAGGACAACUCGCCGAUGCUGUGCAUCACCGACGGCAUUCCGGCCGGCAGCACGGAGAACACCCUGUUCGACGUGUCCACCAGCCUGAAGACCGUCACCAAGUGGUUCGGCUACAUCGACCGGCCGGAGCGGACGCCGGAGUUCAUGCGCCGCGCCUUCUCCAUGCUGCGGAGCGGGCGACCCGGUCCCAGUGGUGCUGGCAGUGCCCAACGCGGCGGGCAUCUACGAUGA